AUGCCCUCAUUCGACCAACACAAAGUCGAGGCAGAUGUACACUCAUCUCUAUCCUCUCAUCCCUCGGCCGAUAAAGACGACAGUUACGAUGUCUACACGCAGGCUCGAGGACUCGAAUAUCCGUCAGAAGAGGCGAAGAAGGUCCUCCGCAAGAUCGACACUCGUUUGAUUCCGCUCCUCGUGGUGAUAUACAUGCUCCAGUAUUUGGACAAAAACAGUCUCAACUUCGCCUCGGUGUACGGCCUCAAACAAGGCACGAAUCUCCACGGGCAGGACUACGCCUGGCUCGGCUCAAUCUUUUAUUUCGGCUAUUUGAUCGCCCAGUAUCCGGCCGGAUAUGCCCUACAGCGACUUCCAAUGGGAAAAGUCCUGUCCAUCACUACCAUCAUGUGGGGCGCACUGCUCAUGACCACGCCCGCCUGCCACAACUUCGCCGGCAUCGCCGCCAACCGCUUCCUCCUAGGGUUCGUCGAGGCCGUCGUGAACCCUGGUUUUGUUCUCCUCAUGAGCAUGUGGUAUACAGCGCAGGAGCAGCCACUGCGCCUGGAGGCGUAUUACUGCACUAACGGCAUCGCUACGAUGUUCGGGGGAUUGAUCGGCUACGCAGUGGGACAUAUUACCUCCGGUCUACCGCGGUGGAUGUACGUCUUCCUCAUCUUCGGUGCGGUCUCCGUCGCGACAGGGAUCAUCUCCCUGCUUCUGCUUCCUGACCUCCCGUCCACCGCGCGAUUCCUCAACCCCAGGGAGCGAGCUAUUGCCGUCGACCGCGUCGCCAGGAACCAGCAGGGCGUCAAGAAUCACCACUUCAAGUGGGAGCAGGUCUGGCAGGCCGCGCGGGAUCCCAAGACAUGGCUUCUCUUCGUGAUGGCCGUUGGGGCGCAGGUGCCCAACUCUGCGUUGACGAGUUUCACCUCCAUCAUCGUCGGCUCCUUCGGCUUCGAUACCCUCGGCACGCAAUAUCUCCAGAUUCCCGGUGGCGCGGUGCAAUUCCUCGCGUUACUGGUAGGUGGCUGGAUCGCGACGAAAUUCGGGGAUAAAUUCCACUCGCGCAGUGCGUGUAUGAUCGUCGCUAACAGCAUCUGUAUCAUUGGCUCUGGAUUACUCGUUGGCCUGCCUGCUACAAACAAAUGGGGACGGCUUGUGGCGCUGUGGCUGUGCUACUUCCAGGGUCUCGGAUUCAGUAUGAGCUUGACGGUAGUGAGUUCGAAUGUCGCCGGAUAUACCAAGAAGCAGGUGACCGGGGCGCUGCUGUUUACGGGGUACUGUGUGGGGAAUAUCAUUGGACCGCAGACGUUCAAGGAGAGUGAGGCGCCGAGGUAUCGCAGUGCUUAUAUUGCGAUGCUGGUGGGGUAUGUCGUCAAGCUUGUAUCGAUUACGGCAUUGUAUGUGUAUAUGUACUCGGAGAAUCGGCGAAGGGAUCGGAUGAGUUUAGAGGAGUCGGAUGGGGAUAGGGGUAUUGAGAAUGGGAUGCUGGAUCAAACCGAGAUUGACAAUAAGCAAUUUCGGAACGACUGUAUCAAAACUAAAGUGGUUCUUUUAGACAUUGCUAAUACGAGUUCCACCUCCACCGAGCUCAUCAUCGGUGUAUCGUCUCUUCUCACCUUCGACGUCUACAAAACGUACUUUCGCCCGCAGACCGACUCUGCCACACUGGUCAGGGUUAGUCACUGGGCCGUCGCGCUGUAUGCACUGCUUCUUUCCGCCUUCUGUAGCAUCCUCAACGCGGUAGCAUUGAGUCUCACGUGGGUCCUGACCGUGAUUGUCGGUCGGGCUGCUGUGCCCGUCGGGCCGAUUCUGCUCUGGGGACGGAUGUCGACAGUUGCAACGAUUGUGGCGCCAUGGCUCGGUUUUACGACGGGGGAUGGAACGAAUGCCGUUGCGGGCAAUCUUGCUUCCUUUGGGGUUGGUAUCGUCUCUGCUGUGGUUCUAAGCUAUCUCUUUCCGAAAAAGUAUCCGUGCGUGGAUGAUCAGGUUGCGUCGGGAAUUGAGGGGGUGUCUCCAGGCUCACAAGAGGACACGGUGCAGCCAUCGAAAGCUGUGGACGGUUAUGAAGAAGCGACGCCGGCACCGGCGAAGAAAGAGAUUGUCGAGUUCCUUCAAGACAAGCAGAUUGAGCCCAUGGACCCAACUCUGGUCCGCAAGGCAGAACGGUUGGCGCAGGGGCGCGUAUCGUCUUUAUCCUCAUCGCCCCAGCAGUUCUUCACCGGCUGGGUAGUCGUGUCCCUGAUCUGGAUCUGGGCUAGUGUCAUGAUCUGCGUGGUAUCCCCGGUCGUUGAGAGUGACGGGGCGCUCGGAGACAUUUCUAGGGGACUAUGGAUGGACGCGAAGGCGUUGUUGGGAGUGAAAAAGCAGGAUUUGCAGACCAACGCUAUGCAUUAUAUCUAA